AUGUUGAAACAGAAGUUUUUUGAGCAAAAUCGUGGGCAAUUAUUGCAACAAUUGGUAUCCCAAAGAGCUGACAUUGCGGAAAAAAUGAUCAUAACCCUGGAAGAGCUAGAGAAGGCAACAAAUAAUUUUGAUAAAGCUCGUGAGCUUGGUGGUGGUGGGCAUGGAACAGUAUACAAAGGAAUUUUAUCGGACCUCCACGUCGUAGCCAUCAAGAAACCAAAGAUAUUGGUUCAAAAGGAGAUUGAUGAAUUUAUUAAUGAGGUUGCCAUCCUAUCACAAAUCAACCAUACGAAUGUAGUAAAACUCUAUGGUUGUUGUCUUGAAACAGAAGUCCCAAUGUUGGUCUAUGAGUUUAUAUCCAAUGGUACUCUUUACGAGCAUCUUCAUGUUGAAGGACCAAGUUCUUUGCCAUGGGACAAAAGGUUACAUAUAGCAAUUGAAACAGCCAAAUCCCUAGCAUAUCUUCACUCAACGGCUUUAAUACCUAUCAUCCACAGAGAUAUCAAGUCUGCUAAUAUACUUUUGGAUGAUACUCUAACAUCUAAGGUAGCAGACUUUGGAUCGUCAAGGUACAUUCCAUUAGACAAAUCAGGUUUAACAACAAUGGUGCAAGGUACAUUAGGAUAUUUGGAUCCUAUGUACUUCUACACGGGGCGCCUCACAGAGAAAAGUGAUGUUUACAGCUUUGGUGUUAUGCUCAUAGAACUGAUGACUAGAAAGAAGCCAUUUUCCUAUAUUGAUUCUCAAGGCGAUGGCCUUGUAGCACAUUUUUCUACCUUGUUUGCUGCAGGUAGUUUGUUCCAGAUAUUAGAUCCCCAAGUUAUGAAUGAGGGUGGAAACAAAAUUGAAGACAUUGCUGCAAUUGCAGUAGCUUGUAUAGAAUUAAGAGGGGAGGAACGUCCAACCAUGAGACAAGUGGAAUUGAGGCUGGAAGGAAUUCAGUCACAUGUGGAGCAUGUUGAAGCACUAAUGGAAGAAUCUGAUGUGAAUGGUACUAUGAUAAAUUCUCCAGGAACUAUAGAUGGAAUAAGUGACCAAGAAGGCCUUAGUAGCCAAUAUAGUACGGAAGAAGAUUGCACAUUGUCAAAAAGUUAUCCACUGUAG